UUAAACCAUUUUAUUAAGGUGAUUAAUUAAUAAUUUAAUGCAUAUGAUAUAUAUUUGUUCCUUACUUAAUUUGCAUGAUGGUUGCAGGCACUUGGACAAGCAUUGACUCUAAUACCAUAUAAAAUAUGCAGCUAUGUCUGCCAGACAAAUAAUUAAACACCUAAUAGUUAUCAUCAAGGCAAAAACAAAUGGCUUCAUUUCAUAUUCGAUCAAUCAGUUUGCCAUCUACGUAUCAUCCUCUGACUGUAAGUCUAGAGGCGCAACUUUACAAGCUAAACGCAUCACAAUCAUCAUUAUCUAUAGGCCAAAAAUUAGCGGGCUUAAAAGAGUUGUAUGAGUGUGUUGAUGAUUUUCUUCAACUAUCACUCACCCAACAAUCUCUUUCCCGUGAGAACUCUGUAGAAGAGGCCUUGAAUGGAUCCUUGAGUUUGUUGGAUAUAUGCAGCAACACCAGAGAUUUUUUCUCACAGAUGAGAGAAUGUCUCCAAGCACUUGAAUUAUCUCUCCGAAGAAGUAGAAACGGAGUUGAGGCAUACAUGACAUCAAGGAAAACAUUGAAUAAAUUGAUCUGCAAAUAUCUCAGAAGUUUCAAGAAACAAGGCAAGAACAGCAAAAGUAACUCAGAAUCGGCAAAUAUUGCAGUCCUGCUAAAAAGUGUAGAGGAAAUUAGUAUUUCAAUGUUUGAAUCUAUCUUAUCUUUCAUUUCCCCACCAAAGUCAAAAUCAAAGCUCUCCAUUUUCUCAAAACUUCUGCAAUCAAAGAGUGCACUACAAGAAGACGAAGUUGAAGCCAACGAAAUGGAGAAGAUCGAUGCUGAAUUACUCAUCUUGAAGUCCAACAAUCAACCAACAAAUAUAUUGAAAGAAUUAGAGGCAUUAGAGAUGAGCCUCAAAGAAGCAGAGGAAGAGUUAGAGUGUGUAUAUAGGAGAUUGGUCAAAAUCAGAGUCUCUCUUCUCAAUAGUCUAAAUCAUUAGGGGAAUUCUUCUAUCAAAAUUUUGUAGCAUAGAUACAAUCUUACACCAAAUUGUACAAAAAACAUAUAUAUACAAACAUCAAAUG